AUCUUCUGAUGUAAUAAUUUCUGGGUGUCACUGGAACAUUUGAUCAUCAUUCCUUUGGCAAUUCCAGCCUUCUAUGAAAGGUCAGUAGAAGCAGUUGAUUUAUUCACCUCUACAGGAAUCAGACUCAGCCUAUUUUGGUUUUCAGUGAAUUAUGCCUUUUCGGUGUGGGACCCAGCCAAGGAGGUUUCCAGUGGAAGGAGGAGAUUCUUCAACUGGGCUGGAAUCCGGGCUGAGCUCCAGUGCUGCCUGUCAUGGGAAAGAGAUGUCACCAACUAGGCAACUCCGAAGAUGCCCUGGAAGUCAUUGCCUGACAAUAACUGAUGUUCCUAUCACUGUCUAUGCAACAAUGCGAAAGUCACCUGCACAAAGCAGCAAGGAUAUGCAUCCUAAAUAGCAUCAUUAAGCCUUUUGUAGAGGUUUGACUAGGUCAAGGGUAAUGGGCCAGUAUCAUCUUAUGAUCUGAUAAACAAAUAAAAGUGGUGGCACCUUUGGAUGA